GAAUUUUUUUUUUUUUUUGGUUAAAAAAUGGAAAAAGCAAUAAAUAAGGCGUGACUAUAUUUAAAACGGGAUGUUACUAACAAACGGCGAUAUAUUCGUAGCCUUUUUGACUCUUCUUCUUUCUUUGUAACUGUUAAUCCAAAAUCUACUCUCUUCCUCUCUCUUCUCCGAUCUCUAAGAGAAAUGAAAAGCCGAGAGAGAAACGUCAAGUACACGGUUCACCGGAAGCUCACAUCCCUAACAAACCAACCCAUCAACGGUUGCCCCAAGGUUGUGAAAAUCACAGUCACUGAUCCAUGCGCUACCGAUUCCUCCAGCGACGAAGAAACCGACGACAGAUUCGUGUCUCCGGCCAAGAGAGUGAAACGUUACGUGGAAGUAAUCAGGUUCUGCGACGACAACAACAACGGAGCUUCAAAACGCAAGAAACCGACGAACAAGGCGGCGGAGCCAGUCAAGUACAGAGGAGUGAGACGGCGGCCGUGGGGGAAAUACGCGGCGGAGAUUCGCGAUCCUUCGAAACGAGCUCGAGUCUGGCUCGGAACGUUUGACACGGCGGAGGAAGCCGCCAUCGGAUACGACAGAGCCGCGAUUCGGAUCAAAGGACGUCACGCUUUGACGAAUAUUCUCACUCCUCCGUCUAGUGACGAUUCGGCGAUGGAGGAGUCUCGAUCCAGUAGCAUCAUGCGUUCUCCUACCUCUGUUCUCCGUUUUAGCGGCAACGAAGAGACAGGGCCCAUUAAUCUCUCCUCGGCCCAUCAAGAAGCUCCGGCGGGUUUUGCCUCGCCCGAUCCGUUUUUCUCGCCUCCCGAACUGUUUCCCGCGAGAGACUGUUUCUGGGAUUCCGAAAUUGCCCCUGAUCCUUUGUUUCUAGACGAGUUCCAGUUAUUACCGAACAGCAGUACAGUCUCGAAGUUGUCGGAGAGUUUUCCACUAGGCGUGAUCGAGGAUUUGAGCUCUUGCUCGUGGGACGUGGAUGAGUUUUUCAAGGAUCAUUUAUUCUGAUUAAAUGAGAAAAUUUCUUUUUAUUUUUCGGUUUUUUCGAGUGAUGAGUGUUUGGUGAUGCAUCUUGGUCGUCCGUUUUCCCUUUUUUCCAGUUCGACCAAGGUGUACGGCUCCGAUCGGUUGGAAGAAGAAGAGGGAGAAUCCCGGAGAAGCGUAACGGAUUCUUAAUUUAUUAUUCGUAAUUUUAAAAUUUUAUGUUGCGAGUAAAUAUAGGUAUCAGAUUUUUAUGUUGCGAGUAAAUAUAGUAUUAGAUUUUAAAAUUUGUGAGUUUUGAAUUGGGGAUUUUGGGGAGGUUUUUGUUGUUUUGAUAUUUUUAUGUUUGUCACUAUGCAAGGAAGCAAAUAUUAUUAAUUCUAGUAUAUCUUAUAAUAAAUGUAAAUCUUUGUCU